AUGACAACAUUUUCAUCAACUCAUUUAUUUAGUAAACCUAAACGAAAAAUACUUCCAACUGUACUUAAUUUUAUGGAUGGUUCUCGUUUGAUAUCAAAUACUUAUAAUAAAUAUAAUAAAUCAUCAACUGAUAUAUUUGAUCUACUACGACGAGCUAUAAAUGAACGUCGACGUAUUGAAGUGUUGACACGUGAUUGUCGAGGUAUCUAUGGUAUUCUUGUUGGAUGGCUUAUUAUUUUUGAUAAACAUAUGAAUUUAAUUAUGUCUGAUGUCGAUGAAGUAUUUCGACGAUUAACUGAUGGUCAUGAUUAUCUUGAGUUAGGUCCAAAAAAACAAAAUAUACAAUUAAGUAAAUCUGAUACAUCUAUAUCAAAGACAACAGAAAUAACGAAUGAUUUUCAAACAUUUCGAACUCAAUUAGCAAAUUUCUUACGGAAUAAAAAAAAACAACCAAUUAUUGCUAAACCACCACAACAAUCAUUUAUUGAUGAAGAUAAUGAUGAAUAUCAACAAUCAUAUGAAUGUCAUCCGGAACAAUUUUUAUCAAUGGAAUUGUUGAGUAUUAAUAAUUUAACUGUACAACGUCUUAGUAGUCAAACAAAACAUGUUGAUACAUCAUCAUCAUCAUCACAAACAUCAAAACGAGCUAAAGUUCGUUUUUUUUCUCGACAUAUUCCUAAAUUAUUUAUAAAAGGCAAUCAAGUGUGUCUUAUUCGUCUUUUAUCUUCUUAA